GUACUUAUUUUCCGAAAAAAAAAAAAAAACUGUACUUAUUUUGGAUCCGAAUUCAUUGAGCCCUAGGUUUUUGGGAAUUAGGAGGAAAAAGGAAAGAGGAAGAAGAAGAAGAAGAAGAAGAAAGACGAGGAAAAAUUUCCACUGAAUCUGCAGAUGCCAUAGUCGAAUAUCUAGUAAGCUUCUGGAACUUUAACGAGACCAAGCUUGAAAUUGAAUAAUGGCUACCACAACACAAACACGAGAUGACGAUGGCCUUAAGAAACUGGAAUACUUAUCUCUCGUAUCUAAGGUUUGCACGGAACUCGAAACUCACUUAGGGUUUGGAGACAAAGUAUUGGCGGAGUUCAUCACCGAAUUAGGCCGAAACUGUGAGACCGUUGACGAAUUUGAUUCGAAGUUGAAGGAAAACGGUGCCGAGAUGCCCGAUUACUUUGUCCGCACAUUACUAACUAUCAUUCACGCCAUCCUUCCGCCCAAGCCCAAGUCUGGCAAGGAAUCAAAGAAUAAAGACACCGCUUCUCUCGCUGAUGCUAAAAAUUCCAAAUUCAGAGCUCUUGCUAUUGCAGACAGUAAGGAGAGAGCCAAGGACCUUGAACGCGAGUUGGAAAUGGAGGCUUUGGAAAGAAGGAAUGAACAGGAAAAAGCAGAGGACGGUAGGAACAGAGACAGAGACAGAGACUGGAGGGGUAAGGAUAGAGAUAGGUAUUGGGAUAGAUCUGAUAGAGAUGAGAGACGUAGAGAUAGAGACUAUGAUAAUGGUCAUGACGGUAGAGGUGGUGAUUAUAGGAGUAGAGGAAAGCAGAGGGAUAGGCAUGACAGGCAUAGGAGAAAUGGGAGUGAAGAAAAUGGUUAUCAUGACAGGGAGGGUGGUGAAAGUGAAAGAGAUAGGAGGAAUGGACACAAUACUUCCAGUGAGCCUGAAUUGUACAAGGUGUAUAAGGGUAGGGUAUCAAGAGUGAUGGACUCAGGUUGUUUUGUGCAAUUGAAUGACCUUAGGAGCAAGGAGGGUUUGGUUCAUGUUUCUCAGAUUGCAAAUAGGAGGAUUGGUAAUGCCAAGGAUGUUGUGAAGCGGGACCAGGAGGUUUAUGUUAAGGUGAUUUCAAUUUCCGGACAGAAGUUGAGUCUUUCCAUGAGGGAUGUUGAUCAGAAUACGGGUAAGGAUCUACUUCCUUUGAAGAAGAGCUCAGAUGAUGAUGAUACUUUUAGGACCAAUCCUUCAGCAUCCAAGGAGGGACCAGUGACCAGGACAGGGCUUUCUGGGAUUAGGAUCAUGGAGGAGGAUGAUGCUGUUCCAUCGCGUCGACCAUUGAAGAGAAUGAGCUCACCUGAGAGAUGGGAGGCAAAACAGUUGAUUGCAUCUGGAGUUUUAAGUGUCAAAGAGUAUCCCAUGUAUGAUGAAGAGCGAGAUGGGAUGCUUUAUCAGGAAGAGGGCGCUGAGGAGGAUCUUGAAAUUGAGUUAAAUGAAGAUGAGCCUGCAUUUUUGCAAGGGCAGACUCGGUACUCUGUUGAUAUGUCUCCGGUGAAGAUUUUUAAGAAUCCAGAAGGAUCAUUGAGUCGUGCAGCUGCCCUUCAGUCUGCACUUAUAAAGGAGAGAAGAGAGGUAAGGGAACAACAGCAGAGGACGAUGCUUGAUUCAAUACCAAAGGAUCUUAAUCGUCCUUGGGAAGACCCAAUGCCUGAGACUGGUGAGAGGCAUCUGGCUCAGGAGCUUAGAGGUGUUGGGUUAUCUGCUUAUGACAUGCCUGAGUGGAAGAAGGAUGCAUUUGGAAAAGCUUUAACAUUUGGGCAAAGAUCAAAGCUAUCAAUUCAGGAGCAGAGGCAGAGCUUGCCAAUCUACAAAUUGAAGAAAGAGUUAAUUCAAGCUGUCCAUGAUAAUCAGGUUCUGGUUGUAAUUGGUGAGACAGGCUCUGGUAAGACUACCCAGGUGACACAGUAUCUUGCUGAGGCAGGUUAUACUACGAGGGGUAAGAUUGGAUGUACUCAGCCACGUCGGGUGGCUGCAAUGUCUGUGGCCAAGAGGGUGGCUGAAGAGUUUGGGUGUCGUUUAGGGGAGGAGGUUGGUUAUGCCAUUCGCUUUGAGGAUUGUACUGGACCGGACACAGUGAUCAAGUACAUGACAGAUGGUAUGCUACUUAGGGAAAUUCUGAUUGAUGAUAAUCUUUCUCAGUACUCGGUGAUAAUGCUUGAUGAAGCUCAUGAGAGGACAAUCCACACUGAUGUCCUUUUUGGGUUACUUAAACAGCUUGUAAAGAGGAGACCUGAUCUUCGCUUGAUUGUCACAUCUGCCACACUAGAUGCAGAGAAAUUUUCAGGAUAUUUCUUCAACUGUAAUAUAUUCACAAUUCCUGGGAGAACUUUUCCCGUGGAGAUAUUGUAUACCAAACAGCCAGAAAGUGACUACUUAGAUGCAGCUUUGAUCACUGUGCUACAGAUCCACUUGACAGAACCUGAAGGUGACGUACUUCUUUUCUUGACUGGUCAGGAGGAGAUUGAUUUUGCAUGCCAAUCUCUCUAUGAGAGGAUGAAGGGUUUAGGAAAAAAUGUUCCUGAAUUAAUUAUAUUACCUGUUUAUAGUGCACUCCCCAGUGAAAUGCAGUCCAGGAUAUUUGAACCUGCCCCACCAGGUAAGAGGAAGGUUGUUGUGGCAACCAAUAUUGCUGAGGCCUCACUGACAAUUGAUGGGAUUUUUUAUGUUAUUGAUCCUGGGUUUGCAAAGCAGAAUGUAUAUAAUCCAAAGCAGGGGCUUGAUUCUCUGGUUAUAACACCCAUUUCACAAGCAUCUGCCAAGCAACGAGCUGGAAGAGCUGGGCGUACUGGACCGGGAAAAUGUUAUCGUCUGUAUACUGAAAGUGCAUAUCGUAAUGAGAUGUCGCCGACCUCAAUUCCAGAAAUUCAAAGAAUAAACCUUGGAUUUACUACACUCACGAUGAAGGCAAUGGGAAUUAAUGAUCUAUUAUCUUUUGAUUUUAUGGAUCCACCAUCACCACAGGCCCUCAUAUCUGCCAUGGAACAAUUAUACAGUCUAGGAGCUUUGGAUGAAGAGGGGCUUCUGACCAAAUUGGGAAGGAAAAUGGCUGAAUUUCCCCUGGAUCCGCCAUUGUCAAAGAUGUUGCUGGCGAGUGUAGAUCUUGGGUGCAGUGAUGAGAUUUUGACUAUUAUUGCUAUGAUCCAAACUGGUAAUAUAUUCUACAGGCCUAGGGAAAAACAAGCUCAAGCAGAUCAGAAGAGGGCCAAGUUUUUCCAGCCUGAGGGAGACCAUUUGACCUUACUUGCUGUAUAUGAGGCUUGGAAAGCUAAGAACUUUUCAGGGCCUUGGUGUUUUGAGAAUUUUGUUCAGUCCAGAUCCUUGAGGAGGGCACAGGAUGUCAGGAAACAGCUUCUCUCAAUCAUGGAUAAAUACAAAUUGGAUGUUGUGAGUGCUGGAAAGAAUUUCACGAAGAUAAGAAAAGCGAUUACAGCGGGAUUCUUUUUUCAUGCUGCCAGAAAGGAUCCACAAGAGGGGUAUCGGACCCUAGUUGAGAACCAACCAGUUUACAUUCAUCCAAGCAGUGCUCUUUUUCAGAGACAACCAGACUGGGUCAUCUACCAUGAACUGGUAAUGACUACAAAAGAGUACAUGCGCGAGGUGACUGUUAUAGAUCCCAAAUGGCUCGUGGAACUGGCACCUAGGUUCUUUAAGGUGGCAGAUCCAACGAAAAUGAGCAAGAGGAAACGUCAAGAAAGGAUUGAACCACUAUAUGACAGAUACCAUGAACCUAAUUCCUGGCGAUUGAGUAAGCGGCGAGCGUGAUGUGUUUCAAGAGCUAUUGCUGUCGACUGGUCUGUAAUCACAUUUCUGUCAUGCUGUAAAAUUUAAGUGUACUUGUACAUAUUCUCCUCAAUGAAGUGAUGGAUGCUUUGGAGGGCUGAAGAUUUUCCCUGCAGAAAUGUGGACACUUCAAUAAUUUUGACUUGUUUAGCUUUAGAAUGAAUUCAUUGUGGAAUCCUUUAUUGACUUGCAAAUUCCAAGCCCUAUUGCCAUGCUCA